UCCCGUUAUUAUUUUCCGAAUUUGAAAUGUUAAUAUAUCUUUUUAAUUUUAUACUGUGAUCAUGAAUUCUCAGGAAUUUUCUCGAGAUAGUAUUGAUUUUUAUUCAUCACGAGAGAAAGAUAUAUGCAGGAUUCAACAUGAAACAUCUUUAACAUGGAAAGUUAUUACAAAAGAGAAUUUAAAUUUAAGAUAUGCCAGAAUGUUCUCUAAAUCUAUGGCAGAUUACAUAUUUUAUAGACUUGAAACUGAAAUCGAAUAUUUCAGUGGUGACUUAUCGAGAGUAAAAGUUUUCGGGAAGUGGCAUGAUAUUCCCCGUAAACAGGUUUCAUAUGGAGAGGAUGGAUUAUCCUACUCUUUUUCCGGAAAUCGGAUUCCUGCUGUGCCGUGGAAUAAAAGUCCAAUAGUAGCUGAAUUAAAGAACUGUGUUUCAAACAUAACUGGAGUUGAAUUUAAUUUUGUACUCAUAAAUAGAUAUAAAAAUGGAGAAGAUCAUAUGGGGGACCAUCGUGAUGAUGAAAAAGAACUUGUUCCAGAUGCCCCAAUUGCAUCAUUAUCUUUUGGUCAAAAUCGAGACUUUAUUUUCAAACAUAAAGAUUCAAGAGGAAAACAGGAUGAUUCUUUAAAACUGCUUCUAGAACAUGGCAGUCUUCUUUUAAUGGAAUGGCCAACAAAUAGACAUUGGUAUCACUGUCUUCCUGUUCGAAAAAAAGCCCUUAAUGCCAGAAUCAACUUAACAUUUCGAAAAAUGCUUCUCCAAUAAGCAUUUAAAAAUAUAUUUGUAUAAACCGUAAAAUAUUUUUAAGGAUCACUAGUAUAAGAUAAAAGUUAACAGUGAAAACUGAAUAAGGAUUAAAUUUAUGGAAUAUCUACAUUUAUUUUUUCAGCUAUUAUAUAUAAUAAAGUCAUUUCUUCAUAACAA